ACGGAGAAAGUUAGUAUCUUAAUGAUGAUAACAUUUCAUUGAGUAUAAAAGUCAGUUUUUAUCUUUAAUUUGUCAGUCUUUUUUAAAAAAGCAACGUUAGAGAGAUUAUUUGUUUUUCAAUCAUAAGAAUUAUCUUUUUUACAAUGACAAAAUUAUUGAUAGCAGUCGCAAUUGUCAUUUUUGUCGCAGUAACAAGUCUUGCUUCUGCAAAAACGUACGAAAUUUCAACGGAAUGUCCAAAUUCUUUGAACGAAAUCACAUUGCUCGCUCAUGAACACGAUUGUACCAAAUAUUACAAGUGCUUUAACGGACAAAGACAAUCUAUGGAUUGUCCAGCAUUUAUCCCAGGCCAUAGGAAACAUUUUGACGCUGAAUCUAAAUCUUGCGUUUCACCAUGGAAAUCAAAAUGCGUAUCCCAAACAUUCGAUUAUUUUACCGAUGGUUACGUACAGCCCCAUCCUUACAAUUGCAGUUUAUAUUACGUAUGCACGAACGGUGAAAAAGUUGAAAAUUCGUGCAAAGAAGGAGAGCUGUUCGAUUCUAAAGCUAUGAAAUGUGUGGCUAAGGAGAAGGCGACGUGUAACGUUUAUAAGAACGUAUGCCCCAAUGGUAAAUUUGAUCCUGUAUUCUUGCCCCACGAAUGCAAAUGUCAAUCUCUAUAUUACGAAUGCAUCGAUGGAAAAUACGUCGAAAGACAUUGCCAGAAAGGUGAAGAUUUCGAUGUUGAAAGUAUGAAAUGCGUUUUAUCUCAAAAACUGGGAUGCAACGCGACGACUGUCAAUGAUUGUCCUGCGAUCGGUAUCACAUAUAUGGCCGACAAGACCGAUUGCAGUUCGUAUUACGUGUGCAAGGAUGGGGUGAAAAGCAAGAAAGUUUGCAACUUUGGAUUGUCUUAUAACGAGGAAAGUUCCAUGUGCACUUGGCCACCGAGUAGCAUGUGCUCUUCGAAAUCGUUGAAACCAAAGAAGACUACUACACCUAACGCGAUCGAGCAAGUUGAGACUAGUCGAAAAUGUCCGCCGAAGGGAUCGGAGGAGAAAGCUGCGAAAUUUCCGCAUGAAUGCUCUUGUGCCGUGUAUUACGAGUGCAAGGAUGGACAAUUGUUCCGUGAAACGUGUCCGAACGGUCUGAUUUACGAUUACAUUCGAGAAAUUUGCGAUUAUCCGUAUCGUGCCAAAUGUAAAAACCAAAAAAAAUUCAAUUACUAUUUUACACUCGCAAAUUCUGAUUGUCCACCAACUGGUCAUGCUCGCAUACCUCAUGAAACAAAUUGUUCCUUGUAUUACGAAUGCAAUAAUGGUUACAAACGUCUGCAAUCGUGUCUAGAAGGGCACUACUUCAACGAUUUAAUCGAAUCGUGUGACUUACCCUGGAAUGUAAAAUGUAAGAAUUGGCCAACAUCUAUCCCUACUACUACUACCACUACUUCUACUACUACUACUACUACUACUAGGCCGCAGCAACCUUCCGAAUGCAUGGAAUGUCCCAAUGGUUGCAACAAUUGUAUUACCCGAUUUCCUGAUCCUCGCAAUUGUUCCCUGUAUUAUCAAUGUGAAAAUGAUAAAAAAGUUUCAAAGGCAUGCCCCGAAGGCCUUCAUUACGACAGUGUGAAUCAGAUUUGUAAUUUUCCGAAAAAUGUGAAUUGCGAGAGGUGUAAAGAGGGAGAGAAACGUUCUCACGAAUGUCAAUGCAAUCAAUAUUACGAAUGCAUAAACGGAUACGAAGUGCUUCAGAUAUGUCCGCAAGGACAAUACUUUGAUCGGAAGAGAAAAAUAUGUAAAGAAGGGAAGUGCCCUGACAAAGUUGACCAAGUUGAUUGUAUUGGUACUUGCUCGUCGUUUUAUUCCACGGAAUAUUUGCUUCAUAAAGAUUGUGACAAGUAUUGCGUAUGCGAAAAUGGAUAUCCCUAUAUCGUUAAGUGCCCUAAGAGGAAGAUCUACAAUCCAAAGAAUCAAACAUGCGACUGGCCAGAAAACGUGGCGAAUUUGACGUGCGAUCCUUUUCCGUGCGAUUCCAGUUCUGAGGGAGAUAAUCUUCCUCAUAAAUGUCACUGUAAUAAAUAUUUCGUGUGCAGAAAUGGAAUGAAAUACCGUGAAAAUUGCGAGGAAGGAAAAUACUUCGAUUACGAAAAAGAAAUUUGUGUUAAUAUUGAUCAAGCCCACUGUUAUCAUGAUGCAAAAUUGAAAUCAAAACCAUAAUGCAAUAGAACCUGUAUACUUUAUAAUUCCAUAUAUCCAAAGCUUCGUAAUUGCAUGCAAUGUUAUAAAUGUGAAAAUGGAACGGGAAGAAGCACGUGUCCCAAAAAAUCUCUACUAUGAUAAUGAGGGGAGAAGAUUGACCUGAGAAUAUACAAAAUUUAUCGCAAAUUAUUCGAAUGUAAUGAUAAGGACAAAAAUUUAACUCGUGAAGGUAAUUAUAUUGUAAUAUUAUGCGUGUCAUAAUGGAACGAAAUAUUUAAAAAAAUGUGACAAAGGAUUAUAUUUCGACCAUGUACUUCAAACACGAAAUAGAAAUCGAUUCUUGUUAUUAUGAAUUAUUGAAACGAUAUAAAAGUCGAGGGAUACAUUGGUCCGCAAUUCAAUUCUACUUUCUCUUACAUCUCUUGCAUCAUUAAAAUUGUAUAUAAUGUUGCAUUCUUUAUAUCAGAACAUAUUACAAUGAAUAAGAAAACAAAUGUAGAUUUUCAAUUGUAAUUAGAAAGAAUAAAAAAAAAAUCACGUCAAA